AUGGAAGGUGUAAAUCAGUCUGUGGUGUCAGAGUUUGUGUUCCUGGGACUCACCAACUCUUGGAAUAUCCAACUAUUCCUUUUUGUGUUCUCCACCACAUUUUAUGUAGCAAGCAUGAUGGGAAACUCCCUCAUCGUGUUCACUGUGGCUUCUGACCCUCACUUACACUCUCCCAUGUACUUUCUGUUGGCUAACCUCUCCUUCAUUGAUUUGGGUAUUUCUUCUGUCACUUCCCCCAAGAUGAUUUGUGACCUGUUCAGAAAGCAUAAAGUCAUUUCCUUUAGAGGUUGUGUCACUCAGAUCUUCUUCAUCCAUGUCAUUGGUGGUGUGGAGAUGGUGUUGCUCAUAGCCAUGGCCUUUGACAGAUAUGUAGCCAUAUGUAAACCUCUCCAUUACUUGACCAUUAUGAGCCCAAAGAUGUGCAUCUUGUUUUCAGUGGCCUCCUGGGUGGUUGGUCUUAUGCACUCUCUGGUUCAACUGGCUUUUGUAGUAAACUUACCAUUCUGUGGACCAAAUAUAUUGGACAGCUUCUACUGUGACUUUCCUCGGUUCAUCAAACUUGCUUGCACAGACACAUAC